UUUUCACCAAACAGCAAAAGCAGAAGAAGAAGAACAACACUAAGCAAAAGAGAAAGCUCAAGCCGAGAGAGAGAGACAAUGGCAUCAACAUUCACGAGCUCAAGCAGUGUUCUGACCCCAACAACAUUCCUUGGCCAGACUAAAGGCUCAAGCUUUAACCCUCUUCGUGAUGUUGUCUCUCUCGGAUCUCCCAAAUACACUAUGGGAAAUGAUCUUUGGUACGGACCAGACAGAGUUAAGUACUUAGGACCCUUCUCCGUCCAAACUCCAUCUUACCUCACCGGAGAAUUCCCCGGCGAUUACGGUUGGGACACCGCUGGUUUAUCUGCAGACCCUGAGGCCUUUGCCAAAAACAGAGCUCUUGAGGUGAUCCAUGGGAGAUGGGCAAUGUUGNCCUCAAUAAAUUAUGAAUCCAAUAAUCCUUAA